CUUGUUGGGUUUCAUCGCUCUCUUUUAACACUUGGUGACAGGUUAAGAGAACUCCUGACAUUUGGAAGCCAGGCAGAAUGGAAGUCCUGGGCAGAGUCAGGUGUGAAGGCAUCAGUGAGGAUGGACUAGAUGGAGUGUUUGGAAGGUGCCAGAAGGUUCCAGCAAUGGACUUUUACCGCUACGAAGUGUCGCCCGUGGCCCUGCAGCGCCUGCGAGUUGCCUUGCAGAAGCUCUCCAGCACAGGUUUCACGUGGCAGGAUGACUAUACUCAGUACGUGAUGGCCCAGGAACUUGGAAACCUCCCCAAAACGUACCUGCGGCGUCCUGAAGUGUCCAGCCCAGCCGGGCCCUCAAAACAGAGCAUUGGCAGCGAGAGGAGGCACAGCCAGGAGGGCAGCGCUGCCCUGGCCAAGGCCCUCCGACGCCACCUGCCCUUCCUGGGGGCCCUAUCCCAGGCCCCAGCCUCAGACGCGCUCACCAGGACCCGGACGGCGCCGGACAGACCUCCUGCUGAGGGUGACGACCCCUUCUCCGAGAGCAUCCUGACCUACGUGGCUCACACGUCUGCGCUGACCUACCCUCCUGGGCCCCGGGCCCAGCUCCCCGAGGACCUCCUGCCUCGGACCCUCAGCCAGCUCCAGCCAGACGAACUCAGCCCUAAAGUCGACAGUGGUGUAGACAGACACCAUCUGAUGGCAGCCCUCGGUGCCUUUGCUGCCCGAAGGCCCCCAGCUCCACCCGGGGAGGGCAGCCAGGAGCCACAGUACCUUCUGCAUGCACCUCCAAGGAUGCCCAGGCCCUUGCUGGCACCAGCCACCCCCCAGAAGUGGCCUUCACCUCUGGAAGACCCCAACGACUCCCCCAGCACUGGCGAAGGAACGCGGAUUCAGACCAUCCUGAAGGACCUGUGGAGGCAGCCGGCUGAGGCAGAAGCCCUGAAUGCCCUGGAGCUGGACGGCAUGGCCGAGCUGAUGGCUGGUCUGAUGCAAGGCGGGGACCGCAGAGGACCUGGAGGCGGCCCUGGCAGAAUGGCCCUGGGAGAGUCUGGAGAACAGACGGAUGGUCCCAAGGCCGCGCUCCGUGGAGACAGCUUUCCAGAUGACGGAGUUCAGGACGAUGCCAGACUGUACCAGGAGGUCCAUCGUCUGAGCGCCGCGCUCGGGGACCUCCUGCAGGAGCACGGGUCUCGCUUGGAGCCUGGAGCCCUCCCCUUUGCAAAGCCCCUCAAAAUGGAGAGGAAGGAAUCAGAGCGCCCUGAGGCCUCCCCGUCUUCGGAAGAGGAGACUGCCGGAGUGGAGAACGUCAAGAGCCUGACGUACUCCAAAGCCCUUUUGGGGCCGCAGCCGCAUUCACAGCCUGGGGCCGGCGGGUUUGCAGAGCUCCAAAGCCCGACGCCCAGGCCUCCGAAGGAGAAGCAGAGCCUUCCAGCGGGUGCUCGGGGGGCGCUUGGCGACGGCCUGCAAUUGGAGGUCAAGCCUUCCGAGGAAGAGGCGCGGGGCUACAUCGUGACGGACAGAGACCCCCUGCGCCCCGAGGAAGGAAGGCGGCUGGUGGAGGACGUCGCCCGCCUCCUGCAGGUACCCAGCAGCACCUUCGCUGAUGUGGAGGUUCUUGGACCAGCAGUGACCUUCAAAGUGAGCGCCAAUGUCCAAAACAUGACCACUGCGGAUGUGCAGAAGGCCACAGUUGACAACAAAGACACACUGGAGGAAACCUCUGGACUGAAGAUUCUUCAAACCGGAGUCGGGUCGAAAAGCAAGUUCAAGUUCCUGCCACCUCAGGCGGAGCAAGAAGACUCCACCAAGUUCAUCGCGCUCACCCUGGUCUCCCUCGCCUGCAUUCUGGGCGUCCUCCUGGCCUCUGGCCUCAUCUACUGCCUCCGCCAUAGCUCUCAGCACAGGCUGAAGGAGAAGCUGUCGGGACUGGGGGGCGACCCGGGUGCAGAUGCCACUGCCGCUUACCAGGAGCUGUGCCGCCAGCGCAUGGCCACGCGGCCACCGGAGCGACCCGAGGGCCCGCACACGUCCCGCAUCAGCAGCGUCUCGUCCCAGUUCAGCGACGGGCCGAUGCCCAGCCCCUCUGCGCGCAGCAGCGCCUCGUCCUGGUCCGAGGAGCCUGUGCAGUCCAACAUGGACAUCACCACUGGCCACAUGAUCCUGUCCUACAUGGAGGACCACCUGAAGAACAAGAACCGGCUGGAGAAGGAGUGGGAAGCGCUGUGUGCCUACCAGGCGGAGCCCAACAGCUCACUCGUGGCCCAGAGGGAGGAGAACAUGCCGAAGAACCGCUCCCUGGCCGUGCUGACGUAUGACCACUCCCGGGUCCUGCUGAAGGCAGAGAACAGCCACAGCCACUCGGACUACAUCAACGCCAGCCCCAUCAUGGAUCACGACCCUAGGAACCCAGUGUACAUCGCCACCCAGGGACCGCUGCCCGCCACCGUGGCCGACUUCUGGCAGAUGGUGUGGGAGAGCGGCUGCGUGGUGAUCGUCAUGCUGACACCCCUCACGGAGAACGGCGUCCGGCAGUGCUACCACUACUGGCCGGAUGAAGGCUCCAACCUCUACCACAUCUAUGAGGUGAACCUGGUCUCCGAGCACAUCUGGUGUGAGGACUUCCUGGUGAGGAGCUUCUACCUGAAGAACCUGGGAACCAGCGAGACGCGCACCGUGACCCAGUUCCACUUCCUGAGCUGGUAUGACCGGGGAGUCCCUUCGUCCGCACGGCCCCUCCUGGACUUCCGCAGAAAAGUAAACAAGUGCUACAGGGGCCGUUCUUGUCCAAUAAUUGUUCAUUGCAGUGACGGAGCAGGCCGGAGCGGCACCUACGUCCUGAUCGACAUGGUUCUCAACAAGAUGGCCAAAGGUGCUAAAGAGAUUGACAUCGCCGCGACCCUGGAGCACUUGAGGGACCAGAGACCCGGCAUGGUCCAGACGAAGGAGCAGUUUGAGUUCGCGCUGACAGCCGUGGCUGAGGAGGUCAACGCCAUCCUGAAGGCCCUUCCCCAGUGAGCGGUGCGGCCUCGGGGGCCCCGGGGACGCCCCGCCCCACGGAUGUUGUCAGGAAUCCUGAUCCGACUUUAAUUGUGUGUCUUCUAUUAUAACUGCAUAGUCGUAGGGCCCUUAGCUCUCCCGUAGUCAGUGCAGUUUAGCAGGUAAAAUGUGUCCUUUUGUUUAAUCAAACAAUAAUAAAGAGAUUUGUGGGAAAAUCUGGUUAUGGGUGGAGGGGAAUCGGCGCAUCGAUUUUCACUUUCUUAAAAAAAUACUUUUUCUUAAAGCACCCAUCACAUUCUCAGAUGCAAGUCAUGUUGCACUAACGAUGCCGCAGCCAGCGCGUUGGAGGCGGCUUGCAGGAAGCGUGUGCUUGCCCGCUGCCGCUUUCAGGGGGUGGAUCUGCCGUGCAGGAGCGGGGGAAGCUGGCCGCACUCCGCCAACCACCCGGCACGCAAGUCACAUUUGGCAUUUGUCUUCAAGACCAUUUCUCACUGGGAGAAGCCACUGGGACAGAACCGAACGUCCUGCGGCUUCGGGGCAAGGGAGACAGUCACAGCGCCUGCUUCCCCAUCCGCAUCAGCACUGCCCUGAGCACCAUGGACAGCCCCCGGCAGCUACCCCUGUCACCCCAAGGAGAGAUUCAGGGGCUCCCCCCGGGGCAGACACCCGCUUGAGGCUGGCACUCCCCUGACCUCACCUUUGCAAAGUCACAGCUGCACCGAACACGGAGACGUGUUUUUAAUGUUAAAAUAUUGAUUUCUACGUCACAAAAACAGGUGCCCCGUGAACGCCCACCUGUGAGAUAACAAGAACCAGGAAGAGCAAGUCUGGGCAUUUAGCACGCGGUGAGGGUCCUGGGAGCACCAGCCCUGCCCGGCCCCUGCUGUCCCCUCCAGCACAUCCCAGAGACACCCGAGAGGGUUUCCUGGGAGAGGAGGAGAUGCAGGGAGGCCUCACGUGCCGCUUGGAGCCGGGAAGGGAAGUGAGAGGUGCGCCCAGCCGCCCCACCACCUCUUCCCGGAUCACUUAGUGAGCCACGUGUGCUCACGUCAUGUAAACCUAAGCACACAGAUGAUUCAGAUCUGACAAAAUACCAUUUGUGUAUCAGAUUCGCCGUCACCCCCACCCCAGAAAUAGGACAAUUCGCUUCAUUGACCCAGAACGAUCCAUGGAAGACGGCGCAGAGGCGGCCGUGUGGGCUGAUUUCCCGCGCAGGGCUGAGGGUAGAAAGCGCACCUCCGUCCGCUGCACCCCACGGCGUUCCUCCCAUCUCGACAGAUCAGACACGCCAAAGGCAGGAGCGGAGAGAAAGCGGCCUGCCGAGCAGACAGAGCGAUGCCAACAUACCGCUUACGUCUCCACGUGGUAUUGUAAUGACACCUGCUUUCACAUCGCUUCGUUUCUUCCCAAAAUUAUUUCUCUCUGUCUGGAAUUUAAAUAAUUAAUAGAAAUGAAUUUAUCUGAAUAUAGGAAUCAUAUACCUACUUGUAAUUUCUAACCCCUUAUGUUUCGAGAGAAAUCCUCCAGUGUGAAAUAUAUAUAUAUAUUUAAUUGCGUCAUAUUAAACUUCUGAUUUCACAUUCAA